AUGGACGUCAGUGCCGUCAUAGCUGACGACUUACAAGAGUCCCGCCAAUCUACGGAAACAGUUGAAGUUCCACCGACACAGGUGCCUGCAAUUGUAAAGGCAGCAGAUCCGCCGGAAGCUGAAGACCGACACACCUUGCAGGAAAGCGACACUAACUUGGAUGCUGAAGAAAGUCCGUCGAGAGGCAAUUCUCCGAAGAAAAAUAAGAAACGCCGGCUGGCGCGCAAAGGUGCAGAGGAGACAGCUCCCAUACUCCGACAAAAAGCGAAGGAAAUAGGUAGUACCUUAAGCCAACAGAUCUGUAGCAACACGAAAGUGACACCAGUUUCUGUGGAGCGUUCCCCUUCUGCGCUGGAAAAACGAGACGUCCAAGGAAAACCCACAAAGAAAGCAUCCAACCACCCUCAAGAAACGAGUCACUCUCAUGAAGCUUCACUCGUCCCACCCACGACGACAACCUCAACCAGCUGGGCAGACGAAAGCGACCAUAACAAUCCCGACGCUGAAAUGACAGAAAUUUCAGAAACUAAGACAGACUGUAAGCUAGCCCCACAGCUUCUGGUACUGGACGCAACGGGGCGUCGGGACCCACGAAGAGAGGCAGCGUCUCCUGACGCUGCGUCGACGGCUGCCGAGUGGGCGCCAGACAAGGCGCUGCGGUGUCAGACUCCUUGGGGGUGCCCAAGGAAAGCGGCUGCAGGACAGGCUGCACAGCCACCGCUUGGGAAGGCGGCCCGGCUGAGGGGUCGACGUCCAUCAGCUCCGAAGGCGGUGGCGACUGAAGAGGGACCGCAGGCGCCGGAGCGACCACCUGGGGCGCUCCCGGAUGAAGCUGCGCGGGAGGCAUCAACGGGACGGGCUGUCGGCGUGGUAGCGGCGACGGCUGCUGCUGCUGCCCUGGGGGCGGCAGCGAAGUCGGAAGGCGCGGCUGGAACCCGCCGCGAACCAAAUCUGUGGACAAAGAACGAGCGGCAGAAUCCGGGCGGCCAGCGCGGCGCAACUGGUUCUGAUGCCUCCUGUGUACCCCAGUAG